AUGGCCCAGAAAAGCAGCCCUGGAAAUAAAAAUGCUUGUCUAAAUCAAGCGACUAGACGUAUGCCAUUUGCUCAACGGCAAGACGAGCAAGAUACAGAAGACCAUAUCAAGCAAACUUCUAAACAAUCCGCUGCAGAAGACCAUGGAGUGCCCCUUGUCUCGAGACUCGAAUCUUUAUUUCAAAAGACCACGAGUCGCGGCGCGCUCGCCGCCGCUGCUAAACAAUCAGUGUUCGGAGUAGCGCUAGAAGACCCACAACUCUGUCUGGUUUACAGAAAGGACAUUCUCGUCAACAUGCUCAAGUUGGAGCGAGCGCCGUGCUAUAACAUUAAAGAAAACUUCAUUCCGCGUCUUCAGAGAGAAGUGACACCACGAAUGCGAACAAUUCUUCUCGACUGGCUUGUUUCGGUGCAAGUUAGAUUCAAACUGCUGCAAGAAACUUACCAGCUCUGCGUCGAUCUGAUUGACCGCUUCUUACAGACUGCAGUAGUCGUUAAAGAUAAGUUUCAGCUUCUCGGAGUCACUUGCAUGCACGUAGCGGCAAAAUUCGAAGAAAUCUAUCCACCAAAAAUCGAAGACUACGUCUACGUAACAGACAACACCUACUCAGCUCAGGAAAUACGAGAACAAGAGAUACUCAUCCUGAAGUCUUUACACUAUCGAAUUAGCCGACCACUGACAAUACAAUUUCUUCGUCAGCUAUCGGCCGAAGGCGAUGCGGACGUUGUUGAACACAACAUGGCAAAAUUCUUACUGGAUGUAUCAAUCAUGGACCACAUGGUGGCAUCUUGUUUGCCGUCGCAACGCGCUGCUGCUGCUCUACUGCUGGCUGUUCGCAUAUUGACAAAAGACGGUCGAGUGCAAUCCCUCCGUAUCGACAAAGCUCUUUCUCUCUUCUGCCUGGUACCCUCCAGGCCUCCAUCUACCGUUCGUAAACAAGUAGCAGCAUUGGCCGAGCAGUUCCUGUCGGUAUUAAGGUGGAUGCGAAAGUCGCGCUACAAAUCAGUAUUCGAGAAAUACUCCAACAGCAAAUGCUACUACGUAAGUGACUUCAAGGUCGUAACAGACGCAUAA